UUGUCGGUUGGCGCUUAACCCAAGUGAUCGUUGGUAUUUUAACGGCAUUGGAAAACGUACGGCUCGUAAUAAUAACGGGUUUUCAUGCUUACAAUUUCGGUUUCAUUAUAACUACAAAUAAUUGUCUAACGGAAGUGUAAAAGAAUAUAUAUGAAGAUAUUUUAAUUAAAUGGAUUUUAAUUAAAUUAUAUUAAUUAAAAUAAAUAUAAAUACUAUAUGCGAUGCAAAUGCAGCUGAAGCAAUAGUUGAAAAGGCCUUGAAAGUACAUGUGAAGAGGUAAAGUUGAAGUUUUAGCCGGUUCAAAGUGGUUAAGACUGGCUGCCAGUUACAACAUAAGCAACAACUACUACAGCAACAACUGAAAUCAACAUACAGCCAAUUGUCGCCCAUCAAGUGAGCCAAACUUAAAGUCUAACAGCGGAAGCUUUUGUCAGCCGACAGAGACGCUGACGCAGACGCAGACAAAGCGGCGGCAGCUCACUGUUAAAACACAGUUUUACAGCGCGAUCACAACUCAGCAGAAAAUCCCCGACAGGCAGUGUUAAUUGUCGCGUCGCAGCUCAUAGAAGACUCUUCAAAAACUCACAAAUACGUAUUUGGCGAAGCGAGAGCGACAUGAUAACAACGCAACAGAAUCCGGCCUUUGUGGGCGACGAUGGACAGAGUACAACCAGCACAUUGGCCAUGUCGUCAUUGCCAGGACAACCGCCAGAGUCGAGAGAUGAUUCCGAAACCGAAGCGGAUAAAUCGGGAACGGGACAACGCGAAACCUGGGGCAAGGGUGUAGAGUUUCUAAUGUCGUGCAUCGCCAUGUCCGUGGGUUUGGGCAAUGUUUGGCGUUUCCCGUUCACAGCUCUCGACAAUGGGGGAGGCGCCUUCCUCAUACCAUAUCUCAUUGUGCUCUUCCUAAUUGGCAAACCCAUUUACUACCUGGAAAUGGUAAUUGGACAGUUUUCCAGUCGUGGUUCCGUAAAGGUUUUCGAUUUGUGUCCCGCUAUGAAAGGCGUCGGCAUUGGACAGGUGAUCUCGAUAUCGCUGGUCACAACUUACUACGUAGCAAUAAUGGGCAUAACGCUUCGUUAUUUCUACGAUUCAUUUCGUACUCCGCUUCCCUGGUCCGAGUGUCGUCCGGAUUGGGGAGCACACUGUGUGGCCUCCAGUCAGGGCAACACAAGCAUCAGCAUUAGUGGCAGUUCCAGCUUUAGCCCAGCUACGAUUAACCUGGAGUCACAACAAGAGCAAAUGCCAGUUGCAUCCGCGGAAUUGUACUUUCUAAAGGAGGUGCUUCGAGAGAAGGAACAGAUUGCGGAUGGCAUUGGACUGCCCAACUGGGAGCUGGUAAUUGGUCUCUUUGUGGCUUGGUUAAGCGUUUUCCUGAUCAUUCGUCGAGGAGUUAAGAGCUCAGGAAAGGCUUCCUACUUCCUCGCUCUGUUUCCCUAUGUCAUCAUGGGGGUUCUCCUGGUGCGAGCACUAACCUUACCGGGAUCUCUGAAUGGCAUCUAUUAUUUCAUAAAGCCCAACUGGGAAAAGAUUUUGGAUCCGAAGGUGUGGUAUGCGGCUGUAACUCAAUGCUUUUACUCUCUCUCCGUUUGCUUCGGCAACAUCAUCAUGUAUUCCUCCUUUAACAAAUUUGGCCACAAUGUCCAUCGGGAUGCGACGAUUGUAACUGCCUUGGAUACGGCGACUUCCCUCCUCGCUGGCUUCACGAUCUUCGGAAUUUUGGGUCAUUUGGCACAUGAGAUUGGCACUGAUGACAUAGGCAAUGUGGUUAAAGGAGGCGCUGGAUUGGCUUUCAUUUCCUAUCCCGAUGCUAUUGCAAAGUUCAAGAAGUUGCCGCAGGUCUUCUCGGUUAUGUUCUUCCUCAUGCUCUUCGUCCUCGGAAUCGGGUCCAAUAUAGCGAUGACUUCCUGUACGGUGACUGCCAUCCGAGAUCGUUUCCCCAACUUCAAGCAAUGGCAAUGCGCUCUGCUCAUCGCAGUCAUUAGCUUUCUCAUUGGUCUGAUGUACAUAACACCGGGAGGUCAAUAUAUGCUCACACUGGUGGACUUCUUUGGUGCCUCUAUGAUUGCCUUGGUUCUGGGCAUAGCGGAGCUUUAUACCAUUGGGUGGAUCUAUGGCACAGAUCGUCUCUGCAAGGACAUUGAGUUUAUGUUGGGACGCAAAGUUGGUCUCUACUGGCGACUCUGCUGGGGCAUCUUCACGCCUCUUAUCAUGACCAUCAUUCUGAUAUACUUCUAUGCCACCUACGAGCCCCUCACCUACAACGAUCAAACCUAUCCCGCCUGGGCUAGUGGCAUUGGCUGGAGCAUAACGGCCUUUGGCAUAAUGCAGUUACCCAUUUGGAUGUUUGUGGCCAUUAUUCGAGAUCCGGGCAAUACGCUGGGUGAGAAGAUACGCGGUGCUUUCCGCCCCAAAAAGCUUUGGGGACCCAUGGAUCCACUCCUCAGGGAGCAAUACAACAAGGAAAUCGAGCACGAGUUGAUGCCGAAACGUGGCAAAGGCUUUUGGUCUAGCAUCAAACAAAAUAUCUUUGGUUAGUUAUGAGAUUUCUAGACUUAAAAUAUGUGUGUCAACUUUUAUAACUUAACUCUUUGUAUAUAUUAAUGUUGUGAAAAAUAUUUACUUAAUAUUUAAUAAGUGUGCCAAUAAUAUAGAAUGAUUUA